GUAAACGUUUUGUGAAAGCAAAAAAAGUUUUAAAAUAAAAGAAUUAUUAUUAAUCAUUCUACAAAAUUAAUUGAAAAAAAAAAGAAAUACAAAAAAAAAAUGAGUAACAGAGGAUUUUUGAGACGAAGUCACCGAACUGUUGAUCAGUUCUUAGAAAAAUUAGGAUAUUAUCGUAAAUGUAUUGCAAGAGAUGAAACGUGUUUAUUUCGAAUUGUUGCAGAACAAUUAUAUAACACACAAACAAUGCAUUUACGCGUUCGCGAAGAAGUCCUGCAGUUUAUGAUUGAACAUAGACAUAUUUUGUCCGGUUUUAUACCAGAACCGUACGAUGAUUAUUUGGAUCGAUUACGGAAACAUCUUGUCGUUUGUGGAGAUAUUGAAAUAAGUAUUGUUAGCUUAUUGUAUGGGAGAGACGUUUUGGUUUUUGAACCAAAAGAUGGCAAAUUUAUAAAUGCAACCGCUCGUGACCUAAAAGAAAAGUUCUUAUUAUGCAGAACAACUGAUGAUCAUUAUGAUGGAGUAUUUCGACUUGAGUCUAUUGAAACUGCGGCUUUUUGUCAAUCUAUGAUGUAUGAAUUACUUUAUGAAAGAGUAUUCGAUGUUAAAGACACCGACAUAAUUGUUGACUUGAUGUUACAUUCGGAUGGGGAAAAUUCUGUUAUCGAAACAAACAAUAAUAGUUCUGGUGAGAGUGGCGAACGUUUGUUGGCAGUCAAAUCAAUACUAAAUUCAAGAGGAUUACAAUAUGAUGACAAUGUAUCAGAAUCAUUACGUAAUAUUGUUGAUGAAGGUCUGGCACCAUUCUCAUUUAAAGUUGCAAAAGCUUUAGAUCCAACAAUUUAUCGAAAUAUUGAAUUUGAUUCUUGGAAUGAAAUGCGCAAAGAAAUUCGCUACAAUCAGUGGUAUAAAGGUGGUGAAGAUUUAACUGAAGGUGUGCGAUGUAUGGUAAGAUUGUCGAUGGAUAAUGAUGAUAAUGAAGAAGAUAAAUUUAUGUGUUACAUACAAAAAUUAUCGUCAGAUAGUAAGCAUGGUGAAUAUGAAGGCGAUAAACCAUGUGUUGUGUACAUAGAAGAAUUAGCAAAAAUAUGUACGGUACGACGCGAUCAAUUAGAGCCAUUACCACAUGCUACAGCUUGGCCGUUGCCAUUAAAAACUUAUAAACAUUUGUACAAAGAAACUCUUUGUAACAAAAAGAACAUCCGAAAAUCUAAAACACCAAAAUCAUUAAAAAAUUGUAAAAUCUUAGAUUUUUCAACGGAUCCGGAUGCCCCAAAGUUGAAAAUUAAAACCAAAAAGGAGAUUAUUGGUACUCUCAAUGCUUACAAUAAUUCAGUUCAAGAAAAUGUUGAAUACAUCACAAUGCCAGCAUAUGUUCCAAAUCCAUAUACAACACAUUCCCCCGAAAAUUGGAAUGAAAAUACGUCGAAUGAUCAAAUAAUUACAUCGCCGCAUACAAUAACAAAUACAACAUUACGUAAUACAUAUCCAGUUUAUGCAACCGAAUAUUUACCACAACCACCACCAGCGGCCAUAGAAUCAUCAACUAGUAAUUCGUACGUCAUUGUAGAUCCAAAUACAAUUGUUGAUUACCCAACGAACAGACCACACGAACCAGUUAAUUACAACGUAUCACGUUCCCAGUCACCAAAUGGAGCCGAUUUACCAUAUCAUGAUAUACCAACGUUACGAUUUUUUUUCAACUUUGGCUUGGAUUAUUUUCGUAAUAUAAAUACAACUAUUUGGCAUCAUGCUAAUGGUACAGAGGAAGUGUACAAUCAUAGCACACCCAUGAUAACAGCGGAGAGUCCACAACAAGUGAUCACAACAGCCCCAACAACAGGUGUGUGGCCAAUUUGUAGUGGAUCGCCUGUAAUUGUUCCACAUGUUGGCGGCAUUGAUACGCAGCAAAGAUUAUCAAUUGAUAUGCAACAUUUGAACUUAAAAGAAGAAUGUGAGGAUGUUGAUUACAUUGGAUAUAAAAAUGGUAAGAAAGCUGAUGAUAAAAAUGUCGUAUCCAAAAAUCGUCAAUGGAAUAACAGCCGUAAACUUCAAAAUCAAAUACAAAAAUCACCAUCAAGUAAACUCACUUGGCAAUAUAAUUCAUCAAUGAUUGCACGAAACAUUGAAGCAUACCCAACAUCAACACCGGCCGCCUAUAAUUGUGCUGUAGCAAAACCAACACCUGAAAGUAUGAGUCCACCCAGCAUUGAAUACAAUACACCAGGUUAUUAUACGCAUUUCAUCCCUGAACAUCCACAAAACUUUGUGUAUGCUCCAGCUCCGCCAGAUAUGCUACAACCGUAUAUUUAUUCAAAUUGUUAUCCUGCACCAUCGUUUGCGUACGUGCCAGAAGGUAUUCAACCAAUUCCUUAUAGUACACCACAAACACAUUCAAAUCAACUAAUAAAAACCUCGACUCCAAAUAAUUUAUCCGCUUAAAAUUUAUAUAUUAUU